AUGCAGGCGGAAACGGGUCCCCAAGAAAAUAAUGUUCGCGACAUAGAAGACCCCUUGCAUGCCGUAGCGACACCUGCUGAGGCUAACAACCCGGAAGCAUCGAAUGAGACAGAAACAUCUGAUUACGAGCCUAGCGAUAGCGAGAUCGCAAUAUCAAGGGUCGGUCUUACCGAAGCAGAUACUGGUAGAGCAGCACCUUCCCAGACAAGGAAAAGAGGCCGCAACGAAGCACAUGACGCAACGCAAGCAUGGCAAUGGUGCAAGACACUGAUGGACUCUCGCAAUGGAUUCAGUGAGUCCAGAGAGAUGCGCACAGUGCGGAAGGCAGCCUCUCAACAAGAGGGUACACUAACGUAUCGCUUGUUUCCUGAUUACGCGGAGCACAGAGAUCUGUGUGAACUUCUCAAAGUUUAUUACGAGAAGAAGAACUUGGACAAGCAAGUACCCGAGCAGUUCCUUUGGCUGGUCUUCCAUGCGCUGGCCGAUGCCAUUUGUACGUUAAACACGGGGGUGUGCGGAGAGACGCUCGACGAAGACAAAUCAGCGGAAGAAGCAGAGAAUGACCCAGAAAUUGAAAAAGAGGGACAAGAGACAAAGAAAAGAAAGCGAGGUGGCAACAAACUAAGGAAGAAGUUCAGUGGCGGCAUGGUGCACCUGGAUAUCAAGCCAGAGAACAUCUUUCUCAGCACCACUAAGGCACCCUACCUAGCGUACCCAAAGCCUCUUCUUGCCGACUACGAUGUCGUCAGGACGAUCUCACCAAGCACAGAUGCUUCAGAGGGUGGGAAAGAUUGGGGUACGGAAGGAUUCAAGGCCCCAGAGAUCAUCGUAGAGGCAGCACAUCAUCAUCAUAUCAAUGCGAAGGCAGAGUUUGAAAGGUCGCAAAGACGAAUAGGUCAUGUCCAGUCGAAUUUCAAGUGCAGCAGCGAAAUUGCCAGCCACCUCAGAGUACUUCGCGAAGAAGAGAUAGAUUGCGAGCUGAAGGAGAAGUUUCAGGAGCUGCGGAGGAAGAGAUGAAAGACAGAUGUACAAGUCGAAGAGGAUGCUGAUACCCAGAAUGUUAAGAGAAGCGUUUGAACUGUAUGGAAUACCUCCACGCCACAUUAUCAGCUCGAGGGUAUGACCCCAGAGGAGCUUGAACUCCUCCAAAUGACAACGGGUGGCUUCUUCGCGGUCUGUGUGAUCAAUCUUGACAAAUCCGACUUGCGAUCGGAAACCUGUGUUCAUGCCCACAGGUGGCUUGAUGAUCGCGGCGGCUUUGAAGUCUCCCCGGUAGCUCGAUGCCGAACAGUGUAUGUGUUUUUCUUGACUGCGAGAACAUGGCCUGGUGUCAGGCCAUAUGCGUUACUGCCGCUGGUCAUUACGAGCCCGUGU